CUUGUUUUAUCUUUUUGAARGACUCUUCUGCCUUCACAAUGUUUGGGGACUUAUUUGAAGAAGAUUUUUCCUUUAUUUCAAAYAACCAUUGUGGGAAAGGGAAGAAAUCAAAGCCCAGAGAGUCUGAGCCUCCAGCUCCCAGGGAUUUCACCAACCUCAGCGGAAUCAAAAAUCAGGGUGGGACCUGCUACCUCAAUUCCCUUCUGCAGACUCUGCUUUUCACGCCUGAAUUUAGAGAGGCUCUGUUCUCCCUGGGACCUGAAGAGCUUGGGACUCUGGAUGACAGCAGGAAACCAGAUGCCAAGGUUCGGAUAAUCCCACUGCAGCUGCAGCGCUUGUUUGCUCAGCUYCUGCUCCUGGACCAGCAGGCUGCAUCCACCUCUGACCUCACYGAGAGCUUCGGAUGGAGCAGCCAUGAGGAGAUGAGGCAGCACGAUGUGCAGGAAUUAAACAGGAUCCUCUUCAGUGCUUUGGAGACUUCCCUGGUGGGGACGUCGGGCCACGACCUCAUCAACCGCUUGUACCAUGGGAUUGUUGUCAACCAGAUUGUCUGUAAGGAGUGCAAGAAUGUCAGUGAGAGACAGGAAGAUUUCUUAGACCUCACGGUGGCWGUGAAAGGCGUUGCAGGCUUGGAGGAGGCCCUGUGGAACAUGUAUGUAGAGGAAGAAUACUUUGAGAAUGACAACUUGUAUCGAUGUGGAGCCUGUGAUAAACUUGUUGAAGCUUCAAAGUCUGCCAAACUGCGCAAACUGCCUCCGUUCCUCACCAUUUCCCUGCUGAGGUUCAACUUUGACUUUGAGAAGUGUGAGAGGUACAAGGAAACGAGCUGCUACACAUUCCCCAUGCAGAUCAAUCUGAGGCCUUUCUGUGAGCAGACUGAAAUGGAUGAUUCAGAGUACAUGUAUGAGCUCUUCUCUGUUAUUAUACACAAAGGUGGCUGCUAUGGAGGACACUAUCAUGUUUAUAUCAGAGAUGUGGAUGAAUUAGGAAACUGGCAGCUCCAAGAAGAAGAGAAUGGGCUGAUUGAAGAGAAGGCUGUAAGAGCCACUGAGAAUGCCAAAGAGACAGAAAACCCGCUAGCAGUCCUGAAAGGGAUUUUAUCAGAGGAAGAAGCUAAACUAAUUCCUGUGGAUCAAUUAGGGCAGAAAUUAUUGGAGAAGCAAGGGGUGUCCUGGAAUAAGAAAUACAAAAAACAAUAUGGAGCAUUACGAAAGUAUCUGCAGAAUCAUCCUCAGAUAUUCCAGCUGAGUCCUGAUGGGCAUAAAGUUGGCCUGAAGGAARCACACAAACUGCUGUUCCAGCUGGACUCUCAUGGGCACGACCUGCAGAGCCCUCCCCAGAAGAACCAGGUCCUGUGGAACUGCGAGAAAACCCCGCCGAGGCCGAGGGCCGCUGCUGCCGGCUGCCACUGGUUUGAUCUGAACGAUUCCAAGGUGCAGCCCAUCAAGGAGAAGGACAUUGAGAAACAAUUCCAGGGCAAAGAGAGUGCCUACAUGCUGUUCUACAGGAAAGCUCAGCUGAAGAGGCCCCCUGAAGCACGAGGAAAUCCAAGGUACCAAAUUCCUGAGCACCUGCUGAAUGAAAUGAACGCUGCUAAUACCGAGCUGCAGAAAAGGAGAGCUGAAUGUGACUCAGCAAACAAUGGCAUCGAUUUGCAUCUCCAUCUGAGCUCCUGCUACAGAUUCCACAAUGGGGCUUUGCAUCCUUCCCUUUCAUGGAAAGAGAGCGUGGUGGAUUUGACAAUUGACAGAAGAAAAACGCUGGGAGACCUUCGGCAGGCAGUGUUCCAGAUGUUGGAAUCCUGGGAAGGGGACAUGGUUCUCAGCAUGGCCAAGCCUUUGCCAGCAGGAUUACAUCUUUACCAGGUGCUGGAUGGAGAUGAGCUGACCCUGGAUGCCAUUGGGCUGGCUGAUGGAGCAGACAUCUUCGUGUGGAAUGGGAAAGAGGUUGGAGGCAUGAAGGUGCUGCCGGGCCCCGAGCACGAGCCCGUGGUGCUCAAUGUCCUUCGGCUGGCUGAGCACAACGAGGGAGGGAAGGGGCAGCACUUCACAGAGUCGCAGCACGUGUUCYCCUGCAGCACCAGCCUGGGCCAGCUGCACGCAGCCCUGGCUCCAGCCGGAGGCAUCAUCCUCAAGAACGGCUCGGGAGCGGAGAGGGACGCCAAGAACUGGGAGCUUUUCCGUGAGGAGGACAUGAAGGAAACGGUCAGAAGUGUUGGGCUGAGUGAUGGCUGCUCGGUGCUGAUCUUAGACAGCCACGACCAGAGCUUUGUCAACGUGGCAAGUGGCAAUUUGACUGCCUUCACCUACGACAUCAGCUGGCUCCAAGUGAAAAACCUCUGUGGGGUGGAAGAGGAGGAGAAGCAUGUCAAAAUCACUGCCACCAUUGAAACGGUGAUGUCAGAUAUCAAAAUGAAAGCGAUACGGGAGCUUCAGCUGGGGGAGGAGUUAGCAAAUGAGAGCUGUCUUAGACCUGUCAGUGGCAAUGGGAAGCUCCUGUCUCCAGUGCCCGAGGAUUACACAGUCAAGGAGGCAGAGCUGAAGAUGGGAAGCUUGCUUGGGCUGUGCCGUGGGAAAGCUCCAACUUCCACUCAGCUCUUCUUGUACUUCAUGGUUGGGAGUGACCAAAGCUGCGGCCCUGAGAUGGAGAUGGUUGUGGAGGAGACCACCUCAGUCCGAGAGUGUCUCAACUUAAUGCUGCAGAAAGCUGGAUUAUCAGGUGACAACUGGCAUUUGAGGAGGCUUGACUGGUGUUAUGAAGCAGGGGAAGCAUUAAGUCAGGAAAAUGCCACCCUGAAGGAGCUCAACGUCUGCAGAGGAGACACUUUGGUUGUGAGCGAAGGAAAGCUUCCAGGAAAGGGUUUUCUGAAAAUUCCCAUCUGGUGGCUGAAGCCUUCAAGCCAUAAAAAACACAGAGAGAAUGCACAAGACCAAGUGAAUGGGGUGACCUGGAAGAUGGAUGCUUUGCAGGUGUCUGCUGCAGCAGCUCCAGCAGAGCCCAUCCACGCAGGCCUGGACCUUUGCUAUGCUGGCAGCAUAGAGAUAGCAGCAGAAGCGUCUUUGGAGGAGCUCAAGAUGCAGGCCCUGACCUUGCCCUGCUGCCAGGAGCAGGUUGUGCCCCUGCCCUUGUUCCUCAGAGCCUGGACCGUGGACAGCAGGCGCCCGGGGAAACUGCUCCGGGACAACAAGCGGAGACUCGCUGACUACAGGCUGGGUGCCAGAGUGGAAAUCUGCAUAGAACCAYUGCAAGAAGAAGAGAAUUUGGGCCCCCAUGAGCUGCUGCUGCGAGUCCAGAUGGCAAUUCCAGGAGAGAGGGACUACUCAGCCUCCAGAGAUUUGGUGUGGGAUAUCUCCAAGGAAUGCACCACCCGGGCUCUGAGGCAAACAGUGGCUUCUCACUAUUGUCUCCCUGUAGAUAAAAUUGAAAUWGCCAAAUACUUCCCUGAGAGAUUUGAGUGGCUGCCAAUAUCUAGCUGGACACAGCAAAUCUCCAAGAGGAAAAGGAGGAAAAAGCRGGAAAGUUUGCAGUCAGCACCUUAUCACCUGAAGGAUGGAGACAUCAUUGGUGUGAAGAACCUUCUCCUCGAUGACACCAAGGACUUCAGCACCAUGAGGGACGACAUUGGGAAGGAGAAGCAAAGGCAGCUGGCACUGGAAAAGAAGAAAAGCCGCCAGGAGCGUGCCCAGGAUCCCUUCUUCCCCGAGGAGAAGCUCCCCACAAAACCCCGGAAACCUGAAGUGGCUCUGUCCAUCAACGUGGGUGUUUUCAGAUAGCACCAGGAGCUGCUGUGCCCACACUACCCUCCACUCACCUGGCCUGCAGGAGCUCCAGCAGCAAGACGGGCUGUCCCAAAGCAUCCUCAAGGAUCCCUGAGGCAAAAAAUGGCUGUAGGAUUCAGGCUAACUCUGAUUUUCUCCUGCUCUCUCUUGGGGAAGUGCUUGAAGGUCCCUUUCUCGGUGUGGUACUUACUCUCAGGCUGAGUAAAUGCACUUUAUCUCUGAGGAAAAGGAUUAAUAUAUUGUAUAACCCCGUGGUGACUCUUUUGUAAUCACCCUGAUUGCUUUGUUGGGUCAGAUCUGACCUCUUGCACCAUCACUACUGAGUUUGAAUGCAGUCCUAAUCAUCUCUUUAUAGAUUUUUCUUUUCUUCAUUUCUGAUCACUGAAAUUGCUGCUGAUACCAGAAUUUGCUUUUCUCUUUUUAUCUAUAAACCUAAGUCUGUAGGAGCUGGAAUCAGACCUAAGAAUGAAGGAAAUGUGGAAAUCUCUGAACAAUGUGUAAGCUCAAAAAAGAGCAACUCCAGGAUCUGGGAAGAUGUAAAACCUGGAGACCUUUUGUGAUAYGGAGCAACAGGGAGGUAAUCUUAGAUUUUGAAGUUUCUAGGGCUUUUUUGGUUGCCCGUAAACUUCAUUUUGCAGUUUCUAGGGCUUUUUUUGUUGUCCCUAAAAUUGAUUAAUCAAACAAAACAGUUGGAAAAAACUGACAGAUCCAAUGUUUGACCUUAAAUGGGUUUUACUGUACUCAGGAAAAAGCUUUUAUUUAUUUUCAGUGCUCCUUUUCAGAGGCAUUUCCCUCAUUUCUCAUCUUUCCAGCUGUUCUGAUACUCUGUUACAUUGGAGAACAGGUUUCUCCUGGUGUCCUGAGCUGAUUUCCAGCCUCYGUGAGAGCAGCGGGGGUGUGAGCAGCUCACUGAGGUCAGCAGGUCAGCAGUUCUGAAGUAUUAACUYAAAAAUGAGCCUGAUUAUCCUUAAUUAAAUCUGUGAUAAUGAGAGCACAGAACACAAGUUGCUUUUGGGGACUGCAGUAAAUAUUUKACCUAUUUGGUGUAUGAGUAGAUUUUGUAGUAGGAGCUGCCAGUUCAGCAGAUCCCUCAAAUUUUGGGUACCUUUUGUAGGUUAACAUUAUUCUGGUAUUUCAAACAACCUAAAGAUAAAAACUGACACCCAGCUAUCAGCAAAAAAAAGAAGUGAAAAGCACCAUGAAACACACGAUGAUUAUUUAUUUCUGUGCAUAUCUUUAGAAUCCGGCAGGUGCUCCUGUGCUUUUUGGGGCUGCUUCUCUGCAGAGGGGGCUGUUCAAUGUCCUCCCUCACUCACUCGAAUGCUGAAAUCCCAGUUUCAUGGAUGCAUUUUCUGCCUGUGCUGAGGGCAGCUGAUGUUUUCCCUUCUUAAUUUGUGUCACCCUCUUUCCAUAUCAGUUGUYCUGGGAGCCUGGGUUUACAGCAGGGAUCAGAGGCGCUGAUUCCAAAGGUUUGUGUUUCCAGGUGGUUCCAUCCCAUUUGGAUUUAUUUGCUGUCACUUUAGUUCCUCUGGUUCUUGCUGGAGAGCUGGCCUGAGCUCAGCCUUGCCUCUUUCAUAACUCUGGUCUCUCCCCAAGAACACCAAGUUUGGAGAAAUUGAAAUGCAAAUUCCAAGUGGGAAUUCUGUGCCUUUGUUCAAGUGUAAUGUAGCAGCGCCUGCACUGAACCAAUCUUGGAUUACUUCUAAAAUUGGCUCAAAAUGCAUUUUUUUUUCCUUAAAACUCUUGAGGGCCAUUCCACAAUGAGAGAGUUUGUGGAAAAUGGGGCUGGGGAGAGGAAACACCUUUUGAGAACGGAGUCUUGGUGACUCCACGGGUUCUGGUGGUUAUUUGCAAAGCCUGGAAAAGCUUUCAUCUUUAUUUUUCAAGUGUUCUUCACAAAAUAAAAUGUCAUUUCUAUCUGCCUCCCUGGUCUCUGGGUGUCUCACUGGUUGGGAAUGUCACAAACUGGUUUCUGACAUCAUUGUUAAUUAGCUUUAAUUUUCCAAUCUGUUUCUGGACCAACAUUCCCAUCUCUGUAUGGAGCUUCCUUGGGGCUCUUGUUUCUUCCUGAGGUUCUUGGUUUGGUCCUGAGCAGCUUUGCUUUCUCUCAUGCUUUCAUUCACUGAGAAGAAAGCACUGGGGAUGGCAAGGAAGAUUCCUGGACAUCCAGACUUUAAAAUCUCCUGGAAAAUGUUUUGUCCCAAUUUUAAUUAAUAGAUUUGGCAGGUUAUUUUGUCUGAGCAACAGCUUUUGACUGAAAUUAUAAUUGACUUCUAGAAAAUACUAAGCCACUUACUGGGAAAUUAUUAUUUUUAG